AUGGUCAUAUUGGGACUAGUGCUAGGGGUUAUGAUGAUGUGCAACGGGUAUGGCUUUGGGGAUAGGAAUGAGGGAGAUAAUUCACUGUUGGAUUUUGCUAGAGCUUUCGAUUUGGUUAUAGCUAACUCGAGUUUUUCGAAGAGGGAAGAGCACCUGAUCACUUUUCGAAAUUCAACGGGUGAGGCUCAGAUUGAUUAUCUUCUCUACAGGAAAUGCGAUAAAGGUCUGUGCACUGACUGCGAGGUCAUCCCAAAUGAGCACCUCACGACUCUACAUAGGCUCCUAGUUAUGGACCUGGAGAUCAAGAGGAGUAAGAGAAAGAGGGCGGGGUGCAGGCAACCUAAGAUUAAGUGGGGUAACUUGACCAAGGACAAAGCUCAGGAGUUAGGGGAGAAGUUGUAG